CCAUUAUCCGAAGGCAAGUCCUGCAGCCUAAUUGGUCUAUGAAACUGAUUGCAAAUUCUCUCUGUUUGCAAAUCCUCUCAUGAGUCUCAUAUUAGUUCCUCCUUGUCCUUUCUCCCAAUCCGCUUCACUCUGUUUGCAAAUCUUCUUGUCAACUUACCGUUCUUCUCUCUGUUUCUCAGUUCGUCUCUGUAACAAGUUACAUUGUUAGAAACAUCAAAAGCAAAAAAAAAAAAAUAUCGUUCUCUCUCUUUGCGUUUCUCACCUGGGUUUCCCUUCUUUUUGUUUCUAUUAAGUCCAUAUAUUUCAUCCUCCAAAAAAGGCUCUGUUUUGAGCUUCAUCUACGCUUUUAAUAUCCAAUUCUGCUCUGAUUUCUGGUGCUUUUGUUUUUUUCUUAGCCACCGGAAUCGAGGGUUUUCGUUUUCUUUUUGCGUAGGUUUCCUUUAUUAAUCAGGGUCUUUGUUUGUUUCUCUUCCUGUGAUAUGAAAAGCUUUGUGGGUAUUUUGUGAUUGUGUUGUUUGAGCCCAGUCUUGGUCUCUUGGCAAAGGAUUUGUGUUUCUUUUCUUGGUGCCCAAGAAACAAGAAUGCCUCUCAAUGUCUCUGAUUGGGAUUUUCAGGGUUUGGAUUCUGAACUGCAGAGUUCUGAUUGCAAGGGAAUGAGCAAGGCUGAAUUGGGAGGCGGUGUUGAUUCGGUGGCUGAUGAUGAUGUUAUCGAUAAGUUGCCUAUUGAUCCAUUUGGAAUGGAUAUAAACUCUACGAUUACGAUCACGGGUUGGUUCCAGAACUUGGGAGUGGAAUCCGAUUGGGAUUUUGAUGGUUUUGGGGUUGAUGAAGAUGAAAAAGAGUUCGAUGAUCAUCAUGGGCUAUUCGCAGGGCUGAAUUGGGUUUGGAAUGGUUCUAUGAGGGUUGAACCGGAAUCGAGUAACGUAAAAAUUGGUGGGAUAUCAAACCCAUGUGACGGGUUUGAUAGCUUGGGCAGUUUUGGCAAUUGGGUUGUUGGCAAAGGAGCUCAGGAGUCGAUGGAUUGUGGGAAAACUUGUUCUGAUGGUGGUGAAGGAGGUGCACCUCACGAUGCCAUGUUUUUUGCUUUGGCCUAUCUGGGUGUGCAGGACCUGCUUAAUGUAGAAAGGGUUUGCAAAUAUUUGCGCGAUGGGGUCAGAAAUGAUCCUCUUCUGUGGAGGAGUAUUCACAUUGAUCAACCGUUGAGCGAGAAGAUCACUGAUGAUGCUCUUCUGAAGUUAGCUAGCAGGGCACAAGGGAAUCUUCAGUGCUUGAAUCUAGUGGGGUGCACAAGAAUCACAGAUGGUGGUUUGAAGCAUGUGCUUGAAACCAAUCCAAAAAUGACAAAGCUAAGUGUGCCAAGAUGUCUCAGACUUAGUAUCGAAGGCAUAUUGAAUAAUUUAAGGGCCUUAAAGUCUGUUGGCGCACCUGGAAUAAAGCACUUAAGAAUUGGUGGCAUCUGUCAUGUAAAGGACAAGCAGUUCGAAGAAUUGCAGGUCUUGCUGAAUGCAGACAACCAUAUGCAGCUGAAUGCCCACAGACCGCAGAUUUAUCGUGGGGGAAAUUCGUGUAUCUCUUGUGAUGAUGAUCGUGCCAUCGACAUUGAGGUGUGCCCUAGGUGCCAGCAGUUGAGACUAGUUUAUGAUUGUCCAGCAGAGAGUUGCCAAGCAAAAAAUCAGGCUGCUCAGUCAUGCAGGGCUUGCAUAAUCUGCAUAGCACGCUGUAUCAAUUGUGGGCGCUGCAUUAAUGACCAUGAUUAUGAGGAAACAUUUUGUCUAGACGUACUUUGUUUGGAUUGUUGGAAGCAGCUGUUUCAUUGCCAAGAUAAGCCAGGUGAAAAAGGUGCUUCUAAAUGCACAGUCUUUCAUCAAGAGACUAGGUACCAGUUUUGCUUUUAUGGCUGAUGGAGAAGAUAUUGUAUAUUGCCUCUGGCUGUAGAUUUUGGAGUGGAAUUUGCAUUGUUUGGCUGUCAAGAUGACAAAUAAAAUCGCCACUUGCAUAGAUGCUAAAUGUGGAAUCUCCUGUUACCAUGAAGAACAUGCAGCUUCUGAAGGCAGAGGAAAUGUACCACUCUAGAGCCCUAACUGCAUAAAUGGCGGUCGUUGACUUUAUCUAGAUAGGAGGCUAGCUUAGGAUGUUUGAGGGGAAGAAUUUAGAAAAGAAGAAAGAAAUUAAAAAUAUGGAAAAAGAAUGAAAGAGGGGAAACUUGACAAGAAGAAUAGGGAAUGCUGGUCAAAUAAAAAGAGGUUUGAUUUAUAAUUGCUGUUUCAAAUAAUGGUGAUCUGAUGCUUCAGUCGCUUCUAUCCAAAAUUUGUAUCUUUUGGGGACAUUGAAGAAGUUAAUUUGUAAGUGAAACUGUGGAAGUGAGGUAGCAUCUGUUGCUAUUAAUGGUUGCUGAAGUGACAGUUCUUGUCAUAAAUGUCGGGAUUUGUUUAGUUGAUGCAGAUGAGAAGUCAUACUGGUAGCUGAAAGUGCUGGAAGUAUUAGGGAAUAUGUGUUCUGUCUCAACUUUGUGAUACAUAGAGUUAUGUAGGCAGUUGUUUCACCCCGACUGCACUUUUAUUUUACAUAGAAUCUGUUUGUAGCAAAGCUGUACCGUUCUUGGCAACCUUAUAGUCUUGUACUUGAUCAGUAAAUAAGAGAUGAUUAUGUAUCCAUUUUUGUAAUGUUGCUAUUGUUCUUUCAUUUUUUCCUAUGGAAUAGCAUCUCAUUCUUCAUAAUGUAACCUUCAUUUCACCUCUAGUUUGAUAAUGACCGAUGAUAGUUUAAUCUA